UAUGUGUUGUUUGUCCGCACAGCAGAUUAACUUGUGGCGAUGCACUCGAAAUCUUUCCGUCAAUCGACAUUAAAUGAAAAAGACGACGAAGAAUGACGUCACUUCCUGUCGGCGCAAGCGUGUGGCGUUCGAAAAGAAAAAAUGGCAGCGGAAAUGAAAACGGAGGAUUUCCCCCAUGAGAUCGAGGAGCAGCUCACAGGCUUCGACUCGUCGGUGUCUUCUGUUAAAGCCAUGUUGGACAAGUUGAUGUCGGUCCCCAGGAGCGACCUGCUGCAGAAGCUGGACCCAUUGGAUCAAGCCAAGCUGGAUCUGAUGUCUGCAUACACCCUCAAUUCUUUAUUCUGGAUGUACCUGGUCACACACGGAGUGAAUCCCAGAGAACAUGCAAUCAAACAGGAAUUGGAGCGCAUCAGGACGUACAUGAACAAAGUGAAGGAGAUCACGGACAGGAAGAAGGCGGCCCGUCUGGAUAAGGGCGCCGCCGGCCGCUUCCUGCGGAGCGCGCUCUACGAGCCGCACCAGAGGGACUCCAGGAAGAAGGCGGGGGGCGCGACGCCGUCCAAGCGUCCCAAGCAGAGCUGAAGCAAAACAAUUUUUCUGCUUUUUACAUUCAUUUUUAUAUUUUGUUAAACCUCUUUUUUUCGGGGACAAAACAAAACAUGUUUCUGCUCUCGAGGCCACGAACCGACUUCAGUGUCCGAGACGCAGUGAAAACAUUUGUGUUUCAGACCUGCAGAUUUGAAUAAUCUACGACCAGAGCGUCAACGUUUAUGUACAAACUUCCAUGUGGUGAAAAUCCUCUCAAGCUUCUGUCAAAUGUUUUCACAGAGAAACGCUUCAUCGGGUAUUCAUACAAUAUUUUGGAUUCUUCCUUCAGAUGAAUGAGGAAUGGGAAUUUGUCCUUAAAAGCGAUUCUAUGAAUCUGUAUUUGUGUUUACUUAAACUUAAACUAAACAUCAUAAAACUACUCUGCAAACCUGA